GAAGCUGAGGCCCAGAGAAACUAGGGUGACUUGCCCGGAGCCACGCCACAGAACUGGGAUUAGAACCCGGAUCCCCCGACUCCCUGUCCUGAGCCCUUUCCGCAGGAGGCUGCUUCUAUGAUAGGGCAGUCACUGCCAGAGGAAAGUGGGGGAAGAGGAAGAAGAAAGUGUAUGAAAACAGAAGACCUGAGGACUUAAGACACUUGAUUCGAGAGGAUGUGCUCCCACACAGUCCUCCGUUGGUUUCCCGGCAUCCAAUGUCUGCUCAAGAGGGGCAUCGGACCCCAGGUCCCGCAACAUUCCCGCUUAAGAAAGCUCUUCCCAACUGUCCCCCGCCAGCAUCACACCACUCCAGAAUCUCUCAGCUGCUCCUGGCAUUUGCACGAAGACCAUUUCGAACUGCGGUACACAGGCACAGUGAUGCGUUUUGAUUACGUCUGGUUGCGCGAUCACUGCCGUUCGGCUUCCUGCUACAACUCCAAGACGAACCAGCGCAACCUCGACACGGCCAGCGUCAACCUGGCCAUUAAGCCGAAGACCGUCCGUGUCGACGACACCACGCUCUUUCUCACAUGGCCUGACGGCCACGUGACCCGGUAUAACUUGGAGUGGUUGAUGAGGAAUAGCUACGAAGGGCAGAAACAACAAGUCAUCCAGCCUAGAAUCCUUUGGAAUGCCGAAAUCUACCAGCGAGCCCAAGUGCCAUCCAUUGACUGCCAGAGCUUUUUGGAGACCAACGAGGGGCUGAAGGAAUUCCUGCAGAACUUCCUACUCUAUGGAAUUGCCUUUGUCGAAAACGUCCCCGCAACCCAAGAGGACACGGAAAAGUUAGCCGAGAGGAUCAGUCUGAUCAGAGAGACCAUCUACGGGAGAAUGUGGUGUUUCACGUCGGACUUCUCCAGGGGAGACACUGCUUACACGAAGCUUGCUCUGGAUCGUCACACGGACACCGCCUACUUCCAAGAACCCUGUGGCAUCCAAGUGUUUCACUGCCUGAAGCAUGAAGGGACCGGGGGCCGGACGCUGCUGGUGGAUGGCUUCUACGCGGCGGAGCAGGUGCUUCAGAAGGCCCCCGCAGAAUUCGAACUCCUCAGCAAGGUGCCCCUGAAGCACGAGUACCUCGAGAACACGGGGGAGUGUCACAACCACAUGAUUGGGGUGGGGCCGGUCUUGAACAUCUAUCCCUGGAACAAAGAGCUCUAUUUGAUCAGGUACAACAACUAUGAUCGGGCCGUCAUCAAUACAGUGCCUUAUGACGUGGUCCAUCGCUGGUACGCCGCACAUCGGACUCUCACCAUGGAGCUGAGGAGACCGGAGAACGAACUCUGGGUCAAACUGAAGCCGGGAAAGGCCCUGUUCAUUGACAACUGGCGAGUGCUUCACGGCCGGGAAUCGUUCACUGGCUACCGCCAGCUCUGUGGCUGUUACUUGACAAGAGAUGAUGUUCUGAACACUGCCCGCUUCCUGGGGCUUCAGGCGUGAAACUGUCAGUGAUGGAAAAGGGGCCUGUCCUCCCUUACUGACCUUACUGACCCCAGAAUCGCACCCCAGCAGAAUAAGGAAAUGUCUCAAAUACCUCAGAUCUCCCCCUGCCCCCAGCCCACUUGGUGCGGGGGAAACAAGCCAGAGAAAAGUCAUUCUCCCCUGCCAUCGGCCUUUUUAGAUCACUUCUUUUGCCUUCCUAGGUGUUGGGAUAGAGUUCUCUUUUUCCUUUCCCCUCCUUCAGCACAACAUGGCUGAGCUGUCUUUAAAAGAGAAGCACCCAAGCUGAUGGGUGGAAGUGUG